AUGGAAAUCAACAGAGGACUAUUUUUAGUCUUAUUGGUUUUUUUACUAUUCUUUACUCCAACUGGAAACCCACCUCACUUGACAUCCCCAGACGAAAAAGCUCAUCUUAACUUAUAUUUCCAACUACAGAGAAAUGAAACUGAACUUUUGAAAACUUCAACUUAUAGAUAUAUUCCUGGUAACAUUACGGGAAUUUCUUAUCCUCAGAAUGAAACAGGAUUUAUUCCUACUUCGAUUGAAACUAUUGCCAAAUCUCUUUGGCACUCUGAGUCUACUCAAGACCAAAUUGAGAAACAAAUCACUAACAUUCAAUACUCAGAAGAUAACGAUGACGAAUCAUUCCAAAAAUUACAAUUAGUAUUCUAUGGGAACUAUUCUGGGCUUUUUCAUGGGCUCUGGGAGAAACCGCUUAUUUCUAAAUUAUUUCCUCGCGAUAUGCAGGUUCCAGAAAUUUUCCGCCAUAGUGACAAUGAUGAAGAAGAAGCCUUGCCAUCUGCCACUAACAAUAGUUCUCUCAUUCAUGAACCUGCUCACCAGCCACUUUCUCAGAAACCAACUAUGAAUAAAAUUUUAAGUGCUCCUGUUGAAGGCAAUAUUACGGAAUCAGAAGGAAAUAUCUCAUUUUCUAUUGAGGAAGCUAUUCCAAAAGACGCAUCAAACCCAAACAUAACCAUAAUUACCAUGCGAAUAUCUAUCACUAAUACUGAAGAAUCAUCAUCAUAUACAAUUAACUUAAAAGGACUUCAUAUUAAACCUACCGGUAAUGUUGUUUUAACAACCGAAUCUUUAAAGUACUCUGGUCUUCAGUACCUGCCGCAUUUGGUUUUGGAUGAAAAGUAUUUUGAAGAGUCAAAAGAGCUAAUGCUACAAUACCUAAACAAUACUCUUACCAAAGACGAAUACGAAGAGGACUAUUUGGUUUUCGAAGAUAGUGAGAUGGCUGCAGAGUCUUGCGAGUUUGUUCUUUAUGGUCAUUUCAAAUCGGUACACCUUAGUGCCAACCAUCUACGUGAUAUUGAAGAUGAAAUAGAAAACCCGGUUGGUCGACCUUUAAAAAAAAUCCCUUCAAUGGUCCUUGAAAGUAUCAUUUAUUCUCCAGAUUGUGCCUUUGCUGUCCAAGCACAAGAUUCCCAAGGUGAAAAAUAUGAGCAAUAUUGGAGCCGUAUCAGAACAGUGGUUGUUGCCUGUGUGCUUUUAAUUAUUGCACAAGCAUAUCUUCUUGCCAGACAAAUGAAGGAUACUAAUACACCUUCCUAUAUGUGCAAGGUAAGUUUCUACACUAUUGCCAUGAAUUCUGUCAUUGAUGGUAGUGUGUGGAUGGCCUCCUUUGCUUCGUCGUUUGUGGAAGAUCUUGCUCUAUCAUUCAUGGCCAUUGCCUUUUUAUCAUUUGCUUUAACAUCAAUGUUUGAAAUGCGUUACCUUGUCAAAAUUUACCAGGCCCAAAUGUCAGAAAGACAAGCUGAUGUCCGUGUCCGUGAUGCUAUGAUGGACCAUAAUGGCACUGCUACCUUCUCUGUUCUUUCCGAUGGCUCAUUUGUUACUCCAUCCCCAAGACCUCAACAACAGCCUUCGGGGGACUCUUCAAUAUUACCUAUUUCUGAACCUCCAUCAAAUAAUGAACCUCAAGAAGAUCUCAGUGAGCGUGCUAUUGGAAGUAAAAUAUACACAUGGUUUUAUUUUUCUUUAAUUGGAUUCAUAAGCUCUGCCCUUAUCGCAGCCACUUGGCCACUCUACUACCGCAGAAUUUACGAAUUUGUGGUUGUUCUUGGAUUUUAUUCCAUGUGGGUCCCCCAAAUCCAAAGAAAUAUUUCAAGAGGGUUUCGACGUUCAUUUCUAUGGCAGUUCAUUGUCGGCUCUAGUGCUCUUCGUCUAAUCCCUGUUCUUUAUUUCACACUCGUUAGCAACAAUAUUCUUCGCCAUCAUUAUGAUCCAACUUUGGCUAUAGCCACUAUUAUUUGGUUGACUAUACAAAUUGUUGUCUUAUAUCUUCAAAAUGUUUUUGGUCCCAGGUUUUUUCUACCUAAGGGAUAUCUUCCAGCUCUUUACGACUAUCAUCCCAUUCUUACCCAAAGUGAUGAUAUUGAAGAUGGUGUCAGUAUUUCAGAGUCUGCAGCGCCUGUUCCUAAGAAAUUUAGCCGGGCAUCUUCCAUUGCAUCGACAAAUGCAUCUGUAUCUUCGAAACUUCUUGGAGGGCCAAGUAACACAAAUGACAGCGUUGGAACUAGCGGAAAUCUUAACAAUAGUUCUUCUUUCAAUGAAGCAGCCCAAUCAGUGGCAAACAAAGAUUUGGUAUCUCGCCCAACUGUGGAUUGCGCCAUUUGCAUGACACCAGUAGAAUUAGUAAUUACUCCUAAAGCUUCUUCGGCAGCAUUUGUAUCAUCACCAGCACUAAUUCUUGCUAGAAGAAAAUAUAUGGUGACGCCUUGUCGACAUGUGUUUCACACUGAAUGUAUGGAACAAUGGAUGAGAACCCGACUGCAGUGUCCUAUUUGCCGCAAUCCUCUUCCCCCAGUAUAA